AGAGAUCAAACUUAAUUUAUUUCUGUGUUUUGCGUCUCCCUUUUUGCCAUUUCUCUUCCAAAUUGCUAAGAAAACAUUUCUGACAUACAGAUGGGGGGAGGGAAGUAGGAGAGAAGUGGGAAACGGAUAGAAUAUUAUAGUGCAGGGGUGCAUUUGUUAUCUGCAUGCUGUAGGAGCACCGAGCUCAGUGAAAGAGCAGGGUUUGAUAUCUGAAAACUGGGCUUUGGGAACGCUCUUCCCCCUUAUGUGAUUAUUCUGUAGCCCCAUGACAGCCACAACUUUUUCUGUAGGGUUGACAGAAUUGUCUGACGAGCCUGGGCAUGAGGCUGGGAACAAGGAACUUGUGUUUCACUCUGUUCCUCCUAUCGUUCCUUUAGCACCAGUGCAAGCACCCGAACAGGCAUCAGCAUUUUUACUCCUGUGUCAUCCAACUCCGUUCCGAGCAGGUCUAGACGACAUUGUGGUAUGCAGACUGCCAGCUGUGUUACAGGAGUGCUCCCGUAGGUGAAACUGCAGGCUUUUCAAAGAGUGAAUGGUGAAUAACACUGAAGACCCCCAAGAGGCGUUAUAACGUCCCAUCCCCAUGUAAAGUAUGCUCAGAACUUUUCCAGUAGUUCUGCUGGAAACCAUGUCUCACUACACAGACGAACCAAGAUUUACCAUAGAGCAGAUAGACCUGCUUCAGCGCCUGAGACGUACAGGAAUGACCAGACAUGAAAUCCUUCACGCGCUGGAAACCUUGGAUCGUCUUGAUCAAGAGCAUAGUGACAAAUUUGGAAGAAGGUCUAGCUAUGGAGGCGGUUCCUACAGCAACAGCACCAACAAUGUCCCAGCAUCUUCCUCUACAGCCACAGCUUCAACACAGACCCAGCAUUCUGGGAUGUCCCCAUCACCGAGCAACAGUUACGACACCUCCCCACAGCCUUGCACUACUAAUCAGAAUGGGAGGGAGAGUAACGAGAGGUUGUCUGCAUUCAACGGGAAGAUGUCACCUACCCGCUACCCGCUUGCAAACAGCUUGGCUCAAAGGUCGUACAGUUUUGAAGCUUCUGAAGAGGACUUGGACAUUGAUGACAAAGUGGAAGAACUGAUGAGGAGGGACAGCAGUGUGAUAAAGGAGGAAAUCAAAGCCUUCCUAGCCAAUCGGAGAAUUUCCCAAGCAGUUGUUGCACAGGUAACAGGUAUCAGUCAGAGCCGGAUCUCCCAUUGGCUGUUGCAGCAGGGGUCGGACCUGAGUGAACAAAAGAAAAGGGCAUUUUACAGAUGGUACCAGCUUGAGAAGACAAAUCCUGGGGCUACGUUAAGCAUGCGACCCGCUCCUAUCCCAAUAGAAGAGCCAGAAUGGAGACAGACGCCUCCCCCAGUCACAGCUACCUCGGGGACCUUCAGACUACGGCGAGGCAGUCGGUUCACGUGGAGAAAGGAGUGCCUGGCUGUUAUGGAAAGUUACUUCAAUGAGAAUCAAUAUCCUGACGAGGCAAAGAGAGAAGAAAUUGCAAACGCCUGUAAUGCAGUUAUACAAAAGCCAGGAAAAAAGUUAUCGGAUUUGGAGCGAGUUACCUCCCUUAAAGUGUACAAUUGGUUUGCCAACAGAAGAAAGGAAAUCAAGAGACGAGCCAAUAUCGAAGCAGCAAUCCUGGAGAGCCAUGGAAUAGAUGUACAGAGUCCGGGAGGUCAUUCCAACAGUGACGACGUUGAUGGCAAUGACUAUUCAGAGCAGGACACUUGGCAAGUACGCAAUGGGGAGGAGGAGGGAAGAUGUUCAGAGGGAGGCAGAGAAGCAGAGAAGGUAGAAGAAGACAGGAGGAUCUGCUCCAAACAAGCAAGUUACACCAUUCACGCCACACGCAAUGAUGACAGCACUAGCCAUAGUGACCACCAAGACCCCAUCUCGUUAGCCGUGGAAAUGGCAGCGGUAAACCACACCAUCUUGGCAUUGGCCCGGCAAGGAGCCAACGAGAUCAAGACAGAGGCUCUAGACGACGACUGAUACGAAGAAGGGGGAGGGUCAGAGCGAGAAGUAACUUAGUUUUAGACGUAGCACCUUAGCAGACUUUCCUCGGUCCUUAAUAUGUGUUCUUACAGUAUAACUUUGCAGUUUCUUGUACGUCAGUUAGCUGUUAGGGUCUUGUUCUGUGAAGAUGGCAUGGUGCCCUCAGCCUUUGCAUAUACUCUCUCAGUAUUAAUUCCCAAUAAAUAAUCAAUCAACCAACCAACCUCCCUCUCCCAGCCCCAGUGGCUAGAAAAAUCUUGCUGCUCUGUCUUAGCAUUCAAAGUGCUUCCAGGUAUUUUAGACAGUCCUCAAUUACAAGUCUUAGGCUACACUUAAAAUCUUGGAUACCCUUAGAGAUUGUGUAAAAAUAGUCUGUAUGCUUUUCCUUCUCUGAGACUGAAAGGAUGCAAGCUGAGGUAGUGGCACAGGGUCGAUGGACACCAGAUUGGGAUUAUCAACAGAGAGUAAAAAGAACACUAGAAACCCCACUUCAGCAUGGGAAUAAAUGAUUUCCAGCUGCAAUAAGCUGUGCCUCACUGGUCAUACAGUGACUUGAUAUACUUUUGGGUGCUGUGCUGAGAAUGUCCAUUGGAAACACAUUCACAUAUUUUGGUUGAUGUUCACAUAUUCAACACAGACAUCCUCUGCUCUCACAAGCUGCGUGGCUUAGUGGAUAAGUACUGCCUUCUGCCUCUGGGACCAUGAUUGAAGCCCAGCCUGGGAUCAUAUGAAAAAUGAGCUGAAUGUCUAAUGGACAACAGUCCACUUCUCAAAACCACUAUUCAUUAUUUGGCAUGGCUAGCAGUGCCUGCUCAGAAGAGGUCUAGACUCUAUUGAUCUGUCACUAACAAGUUCACUUUUUAUUCUUCCUCUCACCUUUUCUGUCCCCACCCUACUCCCCUCUCCACUUUGCCACUUUCAAAAGCAAUGUUUUCCAGGAAGGUAUUAAGGUCAUGAAAUGGGUGAGUGAAUUUUUACACGUCUGUGUAACUAAUGCCUACACCCCAACUAGCCUGAAGGGUUAUUGGAGAACUUUUGCAUCUGACCUUUGCUAGUUAACCAUCAUAGCAUAAAUAUUCUCCUAAAUAUGAACUUUUGUAUUUGCUUAAAGGCAGGAGGAUCUCUUACCUGAGAAAUGGGGUGUGAAUGUUUUGUGUUCUCUUUACUCUGUCCUUGUUAAGAUGUGAGAAAGCUAUACUGCUACGAGCAAUUUAAUUAAUAAUUGGAAGCCAUACUGAUAAUGGAUGUGGUAAUAUUUGUAAAGCAAACCUACUUUAAGUAGCAGAAACUAAUGGAAUUGUUUUCCUUGAUCAUAUGUAGCACUUUUGUUACUUUUUUCUUAAAGAUAUUUAUAUUUGAUAAGUCUUUUUUUUAUCAUUUGAGAAUUCAAAAUGCCAAACAGCAAACUUGCAUUACAGAGUCACCCUGCGAUCACCUUGUCAUCUAGUAUCUAAAUGAUGAACUGUGUGUGCAUCUAAGAAAAUUACAUCUGCUGGCAUUGUGUGGAAAUGAUCUCCUGGCAUCCUGAUAAAAUGAUAUGUUGCUGCCGGUAAGAGGAAACAUUUCAAUGGAAACAGCACGGGAAGUGUUAGAGACGGGCAGGACUGUGUUACGUUUAAAAAAGAAAAAAAAACUAUGUAAAUUUUUGUAUAUAGAUAUAUAAAAAUUUGCAUAGUAUUUCCACAACAUUCCAUUUUUUACGUUUACGUGGGAAUAGCUUAAGAGGGGAAAAUAGCUUAAUUUUGAAGGAUGGUCUUCCUUUUUCUCUCGUCCACUUCUGAAGGUGGAGGGGAUGAAGGGAAGUUGCAAUUACUUGGUUUGUUCUCAUCCUCCCUCCCUUCCUCAUGCAUAGCUCUCUGAUAGCAUUGUGAAUUCCUAAAAUGUGGUUCCUCAGCACGUUUUUAGGCAGCCUAAACCCCUUCAAGGUGUAGGCUAACUAGAUCAUCUUUACAUCUGUUAAUCUUGCAAAAAUUGCUUAGGUAAGUGUGGAGGAGAUUUUGUGCUUUCAGAGGGCACAGAGUUGGCACCUCUUUGUCUCCGUAACUUCGAAGAUAAAUAGGUAGAGCUUGGCCUCGUCUUUCAUUUAUGGAUUUCAUUGGAAAAUGUAUGUGCUUUCCUUAGGUAUAGAUCACUGAAGCAGAAUGAAGCCGUCUUUUUCUGUUUUAUUGCAGUUCUUGAGUAGGCAAAUUCGUAAGUAGCAUCAGGGCAGACUCAGGAAAAAAAGGAAUUGGAUCAGCUACCAUUGCACCAUCGUAGUUUUUUACUUAACGUGUGUAUGAAUGUUUUGGUACUAAGGAGUGAAAGGACGGGAGGAGAGCUUUUCUUUCUAUUUUUGCACAGCAGAAUGAUCGAGCAAACUAUAGCCUUAGUGGAAUUUUACCUUCUUAUUCAUACUACAGUCACACACCAAGCUGACAAGCAACAUCCACGAUUUAUAGUAAGGAGAUUUUAAUAAUCGAUGGCCUCUUUAUGUUGGGAUUGCCACCACCAUUUGUUCUGGCUGUUUCAUUUUAAAAAGAACAGGCUCAAACUGUUGGACAGCCGCAAUUUUAAAAGAAAUAUUGCUUACUAUAGCAUCUUAAAAAAAAAGUCAUUGUUUCAAGCACUGCCUUUUUAAAGCAAUAGGAAAGAAUAAAAAUAGUACUAAAAUAUCCAUGUCCUGAUUGUUGGUCCAUGUGAUGCAGGAUCAAAGUAACACCACUAAAAUUGUAUGUCUGUACCAUCUCAUGUAGAAUAAUCUGGCCUUAAUUCUGUCUGUCAGUGUCAGGUAGCUGCUGGUCUCAUCAUGCAUGAAUAUCCAAUAUGAAGGUUAAACAGAUAAACCACUUAUGAACAACGGGAGAUUGCCAGAUUCUCCUUGUCUGUAGCUUCCAGGUAUAUAUCAGUUUGCUGCUCUCCCCCAGCAUCCUCUCACCAGAGGAAAUAACAAAUGACUUAACUAGGCAAUUAGUUGUCCUAAAAAAAAAAUAAAUUAAAAGAUUUCCAUGGCAUGUUUCAUUUUUUUCACGUUGGUUUGCACCUGUCUACAAAAGGUACGAGGAAAGAGUGAGACAUCAGGAUGCUCACGGCAGCCUAUUUCCUUUAUUCUGAAAGCUCAAAAUGGACAAUUUGCAGUUGACUAAAUAUUUUCUGGUUUGACAUGAAUUAGCCUAAAUGGAACAGAUGCUGGUGCGAUGAUUUCAGAAGAACUGCACCUUGAUUAGAUCUAGAGUAAUUGGGAGAACUGGUGGAGAAAGCAUCCCAGGAUUUAGACUUUGUUCUAGGUUUUCUGCUGUAGUAUGGGAAGUUGUCUUUGUCUUUCUGGAUCUGGAUUUUCUUGAUAACUGAGCCUGUUUAGUUUUUUUGUCUGUUUUGUAGCAUUGCAAUUCACUGGCAGUUUGUUGUAGCCAACCAGGAGUUACUGCAGUUCGUUCUCACGUGGAUUCCCUUGUAAUGGAUCUGGUGGCAGGCUGGAUCUACCUUUUUGUUCUGUGAAUAGAGAAGAAAUCUUUCAAUAUGCUUCUUUUCUGUGAUGGGCACAGAUUGCUUUUAACUUUGUAGGGUAAACUUUGGCUGUUAUUUUGUGGCCGAUAAAGUCCUUAUACUUGAGUUGUUGUCUCUAACAGUCUUCUUAACACAACAAUUUCUACCUCUACUUCUUUUUUUGGUUUUGUUUCGAAUUCUCCAUGUCUUUUUCCUGAAGUAUGAGAUCCCAGAUACUUACAAAAGCAGUAUGAGUUGGAAAAAAAUAACAUACAAAAACAUACAAAAAAAUAGGAGCAAACAGACAUAUUAUCCAUUGAUGUCCUAGAGUUGUAGAGCCAUCUAAUACACUAUAAGCAUAGAUACUGGUCCAGCAUGAUCCCAUUACUCAUAUGUUGGACGUGAACAAGUUGGUCAUGAGUCAGCAGCGUGCCCUUGCAGCAAUUAAGGAAUCUCAUUAGGAAGAGCUGUCAGCAGGUCAAGGAAAGUGAUUAGGCCCCUCUGUUCAUCACUUGAGAGAGCACAUCUGGAGUAUCGUGUCCAGUUUUGGACAGGAGUGAGUCCAUCGUAGGGCUGCUGAGAUGCGAGGGCCAGAGCACAUGUCACGUAAUGAGUGUUGAGAGAGCUGUUUUUUUUUUUCAGGCUGUUCUGGGGAGAUCUUAUUUUGCUUUUGAACUGUCUUAAUGGGUAGUUUUAGAGACAACAGAGCCAGGCUCUUCUCAGAGGUGCGUAGUGAAAAUAUUAGGGGUAGUGGGCUCAAAUUUCCAUCAGGAGAAUCCCAGAUGAGUAUAAAGAGAAAUAUUUUCACACUGAGAGUGCUAGAACAAUGGCCCAGAAACGCAGUGGAAACCACGUCCUUGGGCAUAUUCAAAACUCAACUGGACAAGAUUGGGGAUUGGAUUAGAGACCUCCAGGUCUCUUCUGCCCUAAUUUAUUCUAUGACUCUGUGUAAGCCUGCUCAGGUCAAGGAGUUUGAUCCAUACGUUUUCACUUGUUUAAUGAAAUUCUGUUAGCUUGUUUUUUUUUUUUUUUUAAUUCUUAUUUUUUAUUUUGCCUAUUCAUAAAAAGUUAUCUCAUGUAUUCUCCUAAUAGAGAUGAGCUUUAUUUGCAGGGUCUGGCUACAGGUUCUAAUCAAGCCAUAAAUCAAGUAAUAAAUGUCAUUAAUUAUUUGCUCUGUUUACACAGUUCUUCAGGGAUAUUUUAAUGAUUUUGUUUGUUUCAUUGGCUUACAUCAAACUGGUAAGUUCUCCAUGUUUUUGUAACACUUGCGCUGCAGAUUCCUUUUUGCCUUUGAGAGGAUUUUUCAUUGUCUUGCUGCUGUGAGUGUAGACUUGAAAAUUUUCACAUAGCUGAACAUAUUAGAGGAAAAAAAUUAUUUAAAUUAAGCCCACUGGUGACUACUAUGAUAAGCUAGAAAUUUUUGGUUCAGUAGAUCUUCAAAGAAGAUCUGGUCUGGUAUGUUAGAUCUUCUAUACUUAGAGCUUUAUGUUAUUUCCUUAAGUGUUUGCUGUUGGACACUGCUAGGAAAAAAAAAAAAAGAAAAAAACAGAACAACAAAAAUAUACUCUACUAGACAGAUUUUAGGUCUGAUUUAGAUGUUAUUUUGAAAAGAACUCAUGAUGGUGUUUGCCAAUACGGAACAGCACAGAAUCAUUAUCCCAAGCAUGACUCCUGCCUUUAAGGUGCAGAGGAACAUGGAGAUGAGUUCAAGAUUUUCAGUUCCCCUACGUGGUGUAACGGUUUUCCUUCACAAUGAGUUGCUGCUUGCAAAGAAGUAAAAUGAAAGCAUCAUGCUGGCCUUUCACCUGGGUCAUUGAGUCACGCAGAGACGCAUGGCAGUUGUAACAGGAUUUCAUAAGGAGAAGGUUCUUUAUUUUUUACGUAGAUAAAACCAGCAAAAUUGGUAAGAGUUUUCAAAACUCAAAAAUGCUGCCCCUAAUGCAUUUAAUACAGGAUUUUGUUUCACUGUGUGUAAUUUCAACACUGUUGCAAAUCUGGAUUCACACAUUUCUCUGUAAAUUACUAAGAUUCAGAGAUAGAUUUUGCCCAAAGUACUGUGGGCAAACUGUGGAUGUUUUUUUUUUGUUUGGUUGGUUUUUUCCUUUCUUUUCUUUUGGAUAUAUAUAUACUUUCCCCCCAUUUAUCCCUGGAAUUCUCCUUAUUUCAGAUAAUAAUUUUCUUACCAUAAGGUUUCUGUUCCUCUUCCUACCCCAGCCACAUCACUGUGUAGCCCUCAUUCCCCAGGGUUCAUCAGCUUUUUUCAAGUUCGUUGGAUAAUUACCAGCAAAUUCUACUUUUUUAUGUCAAAAUAAACUUUGCUUCUAUUUUAGACAGGGCUUCCCACCCAAGUAGCUCUUGCACUCUUUGAAGUUACUUGACUUGGUAAUAUUCUUUUGAGCGAAAUCUUAAGCUUGUAGGCAAUAAUCUUGAGUUUAGUGUAGCAUUUGUUUUUUGGCAGGAAUUUUUGUUGGCAAGAUUGGUCUUGAAAAAAUGUGCUCUGUGUCAUUGACCUAACAUAUGCCUCUUCUUAUUAGACAGCUGUAGAUUGUGCGUGUGUGAAUUAAUGCCUCUUAGUAGGAGUAUUCAGGUUUGUAUCACGAUACUGGCUAAUUGAAUGGAAGUUCAUGGAGUCAGGCAUUUUCACUGUGACUUCUUGGAAGGGAAGGUUGAUGACCUGGCCAAAAGUACCUUGCAGUUUCUAAGGAGAAGAGUUGCGGAGACAUUUCAAAAUAAAACUUUCCCCCUUGGGCCUUUUUGCAGCUAGGAUUUUUUCUCAGGACCUUCCUUGAGUUGGUUACUGGCCAAUGGGCAUUUGGCAAGCUGAAAAGCAUAGCCCCAAACCCUUGAUUUUAGUUUCUGCGAGUGUCUUCUAAUUUAUAGGCUUUGAACUGUCCAAUUAAAGAUAUUGCACAUUAAUGACACGAGGCAUUCUAGAGAUGGCAGCUAUAAAUUCAAAUUUAAAAUACACAAAAAAUUAUUUUUCUCCUUUGGGUGAAAUGUGUUAUAACUGCAAAAGUGGACGUGGUCAUUCUGAGGGCUGUCGGUAAGCCGACAGCAUUUUGAUACUGGUUUUUGUCCA